ACCCAAAACAAAACAAAAACCUUGUGGAACUCCCAGACUUCUACUACAUAUAUAUAUAUAUAUAUAUAUAUAUAUAUAUAUGCCGCCAUACAACAACAACCUGUGUGUACACUCUCACCCUCAUCAGCUCAACCUCUAAAACUACUCAGUACCUCGUUUCAUGGCGAAACCGGGUUCUGGGUCCGGUUCCGAUUCUAAUAAAGCCUCUCAGAAUGUUGUGUUUGUAGACACCAGCCUUGACACCCACUUGGCCUUGUUUGUUUCAGAUUCCGACACCGUUUCCGACCUCAAAAAGAAAAUUCUUUAUGAGCACCCACUGUGCUUUCCUAACACUGGGAAGAUACAAAUUCAUGCUCUAAAGGUAAAGCGCAAAGGAUACUUUUACCACUUAUCAGAUUCCAUGUUUGUAAAAAGUGCUUUUGAUGGAAUCAAGAAGAAUUGGUUUCUUUGUGUUGAUGCCUCUCAUUCAAUGGAGCAUGGUGAAAAUCAACAGUCCCAUAUUCCCGGUUCUAACAACAUAUUAGCCUGUUUUGGCACCAAUAAUAGUACUUCAUUUGAUAGGAUUGAUCUUCCUCAUGAUGGUUCUCUCAAAAGGCCAUCCAAUAUUAAUGGUUCACCACUACAGCUGGUUGGGAACAACCAGAAUGUGAAAGAGAAUGUUCCUAUAGCUGACCAGUAUGGUUCAAGUGAUUUUGGUGUAGAAGUUUUAAAAGAAAAAAAUGCUUCAGUUCAUGGAUUUGGCAAAGAUGCGUCACAACAAGAUAUUGCAGUCCCAGAAUACUCUUUAGAUAAUGCAGGUAGAGAAGUUUCAUUUGAUAUGAGGAUGGGAAACAAAAGUAUUCCUGAUGAACCUUGCAGGAGUUUGUCUUCUAAUAUUAGUAAGAGGUCAGUUUCUACAGUAGAGAGGAAGAAUUAUCUGAGCAAGGAAACUGAAGUUAAAGAAAAACAUGGUAAUGGCAAGAUUGAAAAAUUUAAGAAUGACAUGGAUGUGCAAGGCAACAAGUCAUUGGAAGAAGCUGCACAAUCUAGGUCUCAUAAAAAGAGAAAGCGUAACAUUGAAAAGAAAAUUGGAGAUGAAGAUUCUUUUAAGGAAAAGAGAGUUUUGACUUGUGAUUCUACUAAAGAGAUCUCCAAGGCAAAUACCAUCUUAGGCAGUAUAUCUUCUGAACCAGUGGAGGAUGCCCAUUUGUUAGAAACUGGUUCAAGCAGUGGGAAGCAUAAGAAGAGAAGAAAGAAAAUUUCAAAUACUCUCAAUCAGGUAGUUUCUGCAGUUCCUUCUUCUGGAAAAGAUGUUAGAGAAGAGAACUCUCAGGUCACGGUGGGACUUAAUCACAAGGAUUCAGGUGGAGAACCUGGUGCAGCAUCUGUUCCUGGACAAGAUGUCCAGCUUGCAAAUGUAACAGCUUCUGAACUCUCUGGAAUUUCUUUGAAGGAAAAGCAGGGUGAUUCUGUUCAUGAAAUGGGGGAAAAUAAUGAAUUACCCUCUUCACUAGUGGACAAACAGAAGAAAAAUGUGACCGUAGACAGUUUAGCCACUGAACCUUUGGAAAAUGUACAUUUGCUGGAAACUGAUUUAAGCAGGGUAAAGAAGAAGAGGAAAAAGAAAUCUGAUUCCCUUAAUCAAGUAGUCACUGCUGUUCCUUCUGCCAAAGAUACUAAGGAAGAAAGUUCUAGGGUCACUUUGGAAAUUAACCAGAAGGAUUCAAUUAAAGAACUGGAUGCAACAUGUGCAACUGGAGAGUGUGUUCAGGAUGCAAUGACUUCUGGACUUCGUGAAAUCUCUGAGAAGGAGAAGGAGAAGCAGUAUGACUUUGCACUGGGGGAACAUGACAAAGUACCCUCUUCACUAGAUCUUGACAUGAGUGACACUGAUGCUGGCAAUGCGAAAAUCAAAAGUAAUGCAUCUGAAGGAGAUGCUGCUGUUGGAGUAGGGAGAAAUACAAAAGACAGUUGUGUUGUUGACUUUGAAGGCCAUCCCUCUGUCAUCAAAAAGCUGAAUAAUCUCCCUAAGCUUUCCAGGCCUGAGAAUAGCAUCCUUAAUGACAAUGCCAAUUUUGAAACUGAUCAGACUGACAGAGUUGAAGAAAAAAGAGAAUCAUCACAUGACAAAGAUCCUAAAGGGAUGCUGUCAGAAAUGGACAAACCAUCUAGUCGGGGUGAAACAGACAUGAAUGCUAAAGAAGUGAUUGUCACUUCUAAAUUUUCAGAUGGAACUGGAAUUGUUGAGCAUAGUAAAUCUGGUAAGAAAAAAAGGAAGAAGAGAAAAGCUGAGGAUUCAGUUGGAGGGACACCAAUUAAAUUAGGUACAGAGCUUGUUAAAGGUUCUGAACAUGAAAUAUCUUCGGCAGAGCCUGAUAUAGAUGGUGAUAAUACCACUAACAACACUAAGAAAGGAGAAAGAAAUUUCUCUCAAUCUCAGGAGAAGGAAGUAUCAAAAAUAAAAACAUUAACUAUGUCCCUUUUGGCUUCUGGUGGGGAAACUGGUGAUGUCAAUGGAUAUGACGUGGAAUCCUCAAAGCAAAUCAGCAACACUCAAGCAGAUGCAGAGAAGGAUGAGAAAAUGAGUAAGAAAUCUAAAAAGAAACAAAUUGCUACUGCAAAGAACCUCCUGGAUUUACAAACAAAAGAUCAAGAUGUUGUCCAUAAGGAUCCAAAACCUUCAGCUGAUGAUCAAAUGGAAGUGCAAGCUUCUGGUGGGGAAACUGGUGAUGUCAAUGGAGAUGAGGUGGAACAUUUAGAGCAAAUCAGCAAAACUCAAGCAAAUGCAGAAAAUGUGGAUGAGAAAAUGAGUAAGAAAUCUAAGAAGAAAAAAAAGGCUACUUCAAAGAUCCUCCUGGAUUUGAAAACAAAAGAUCAAGAUGCUGGUGAUAAGGAUCCAACACCUUCAGCUGAUAAUCAAAUGGAGGUGCAAGCUUCUGGCGGGGAAACUGGUGAUGUCAAUGGAGAUGACAUGGACUCCUCAAAGCAAAUCAGCAAAACUCAAGCAAAUGCAGAGAAUAUGGAUAAGAAAAUGCGUAAGAAAUCUAAGAAGAAACAAAGUGCUACUGCAGAGAACCUCCUGGAUUUUCAAACAAAAGAUCAAGAUGUUGGUCACAAGGAUCUAACACAUUCAGCUGAUAAUCAAAGGGAGGUCCAAGCUUCAUCCAAAUCAACAAAGAAAACUAAGUCAGCAAAAACAAGUACCAAGAAUAAAUUAAAUGAAUCAAAUUUGAAGCACGAGAAAGAUUCAGGGGUUGAAAUUGAUUCUCUUCAUGCUCAAAUGAAUUGUGUGACUGACAAGUCUUCUCAAGUUCCAUUACAUACAACUGAAGGCAAUUCUAAGGGAAGGCCAGUUGAAGAUGAACAGUCUGAGCAAAUUCUUCCUCCUGAAGAGAAGGUUCCAAAAGCUUCUAGAAGUGACUCUGGAACUGUCAAGUCUUCCCAAGUUCCAUUACAUACAACUGAAAGCAACUAUAAGGGAAGGCCAGUUGAAGAUAAAGGUUCCAAGCACAUGCUUCACCCUGAAAAGAAGCUUCCGAAAGCUUCAAGAAGUGGCAAAACAGCUCCUCAAUCUAGUAUGUCUGAUACGUUCACUUCCAUUCCUAAAGAAGUAACAAGGCCUGGCACUCUCAAUGCUUCUGAGACCAGAAUUAAUUCAGAGAGAAAAAGUGAAGCUUUAGCUGUAUCAAAGUCUAACUUGGGAAAUUCUAAGAAUUUAGUUCACCAAAAUAAAUUAUUUAAUGAGAACAAAUCAGGUGCAGGCCAGGGUGUUAGAAAAGCUUCUGUUAAUGACACUGGGGAAGUUGUAAAUAACUCACAACAUGACAAGAGCUUGCUAACUAAAUUGGGAACAAUCUUCAAAGAUGAUAGUAGUGGGUCCUCUGAAGACGAAGAUGGAGUUGACAAUUCAGAUGCCAGCACCAGAACACCGUCAGAUAAUUCAUUUUCAUCUGACUUCUCAGAUGGGGAAAGCAACGCAAAACUCAACUCACCACGAAAUGGAUCUAAUGACUCGAAAAGAAAUAACAGUGGUGGAAGAAGCAUCAUGAAAUCAUGCUCUUCAGUUGCAAAGGGUAUGGACCUCGGUACAAUCCUUAGAAGUUCGCGCAGCUACGAGAAUGCUAAACUAACCGCAUCGCAGUCACAACUGGAAGACACUGAAAGCCAGCCUGUUGAUUUUGUUCCGGACAGUCUGGCUGACCCGUAAUUGCUCUCUUUGUUUGAAUGUAAUUUUUGUUGUGUCCAGGAGCAAAAAUUUUGGUCCUUAUUCACUGUAGGCUGCGCAUGUCUCUAUGUACUGUUGAGAAACAGAGGCAUUAAGCAUAUCUGCCGGUUUUUUGUUUAAUAAUCAAUUUCAAAAAUUUUGAGUUUGUGUUCAGUGAUUGGAUUUUGACUAAGAAUUUUGACUGAUAAUAUGAUACAAUACAUAAGGGAAGGAAUUGAAAAUUUGA